CAAACGUGUGGGUCGGUUUUUUGGGAGGCGGCGGCCGCUCCCCUUUCCCUGAGGGAUGAGGUAAUGCGGGGCUCCGAUUGGUCCGGGGGGCGGGACCCCAAGAGGGGCACGAGCUCGACUAUAACUCCCCGCAGCGGCCGGGAGCCGAGAAGCCGAAAGAGACUCUCGGGCUCGUUCCACGCCCCGCCCCGCCCCGCCGCCAAGAAGUCCCGCGAAGAGCGUCGCGCGCCCUCGCUUGGCUGGCCCCGCCGAGCAGGAGGCAGAGCGGGGAGGAGAGGCUGCUGCCCAAGUCACGGCCGCCGCGCUUUUUGGUUUCCCAAGGCAGCUUCCUCCGCCCUCCUCUUCCCUUGCCUUCCGUGGCGUUGCACAACUCAGGAGCCGCGAGCGUCCAGCAGUAUGGCGGGGUGGGUGCUGAGUCUCUUGGCGCUGCUGGGCAGCUGGAGCUUGAGCGACUUGGUGGCGGAAGCCUGCACCUGCGUCCCCAUUCACCCCCAAGAUGCUUUCUGCAACUCAGACAUUGUUAUCCGAGCCAAAGUAGUGGGCAAGAAGCUUAUGAAGGAUGGGCCAUUUGGAACAAUGCGAUAUACUGUCAAACAAAUGAAGAUGUACAGAGGUUUCGAAAAGAUGCCACAUGUUCAGUACAUUUACACAGAGGCCUCUGAAAGUCUUUGCGGGGUCAAGCUUGAAGUCAAUAAAUACCAGUAUAUGAUCACAGGCCGAGUCUAUGAUGGAAAGGUUUAUACUGGGCUGUGCAACUUAAAUGAGAAGUGGGAUCAACUGACCCUAGCCCAACGCAAAGGACUGAACCAUCGUUAUAACCAAGGCUGUGGCUGCAAGAUUAAGCCUUGCUACUACCUUCCCUGUUUUGUGACCUCCAAGAAUGAGUGCCUGUGGACGGACAUGCUCUCCAACUUCGGCCUUUCAGGGUCCCAGUCAAAGUAUUUUGCCUGCAUCCAGCAGAAGGAAGGCUAUUGCAGCUGGUACAGAGCAUGGGCACCUCCUGAUAAGACCAUCAUCAAUGCUACAGACCCCUGAACACCUAAUCCUCUUUCUUGUUUCUUCUCUCCCAUGUGGCUGAGCAUUCUUUGGACACUAACUUGUAUCAGAUCAUGAUGAAAACUAUGAUAUUAGUGCCUGUUUCUUGCGAAUUUUAGCACUUCAAACCUUUUUUUUUAAAAAAAAACUUUGCUGUCUUAAUUGAUUAUUUGUUGUUUUAAAUCACUUUUUUUUUUUAAAAAAGAACUGCUAUCGCUGUUUUGUUCAGAAGAUGUUUAUCUGGGAAUUUGUGUUUACACACCAGAUAAAUAAUGGAGUGUGUGCUCUCAGUUAUGUAUCAUUAUCUAUAUAGCAAUACAAUCUAUAUUUUUGUAGGAAAACAAAAAUCUCAAAAAUUUCCCAGCUGCAUUUUUCAAUCUCAAUUCCAAUCCCUCUCUUUUCACUUCCUAAACUGCUUCUUCAUUCAUGCAUUCAGCAUGUAGACAAAAUGAAACCAGUUAGGAUUAGGUUUAAAAAAUUGAGAACAAGCCACAUGCCUGAGGGAGGACGAGAAAGUCAUGAAGUUUGUCCUGGAUGGAACAGUGGGAGAAUCCAGUUGUCAUGUACAUUAGAAGCACCAUAUCAAAAUGCCUGCCGUGUGCCAAAUGUGUGUUCCAUAGGAGCUCUGAAUUUGCACAGAGCAUAAACAAUAGCUUUUUAAAAACCAGCUCCAAUUAAUGGAGGCAAACAAAAUGACUUGUUGAGAACCAAAUCAACUCUACACUUUUUGUGUUUUGGUCUGGCUGCAGAGUUGCCUUUUCAACAUCUAGAAAACACUCAAAUAAAUGGAAACAUAUUCAUACAAAAUAAAAGAAACACAAAGGUAUCUGGAUAUGGGGACAGGGAGAGUGCUAGGGGAUAAAAGAUGACAGUUAGGGCUAAGAAAUUAGCCACCAAAAUAGUGUUUUACUGAACUGAACUGUACAUAGAUGUGACGACAUAAGCUAUUUUUGACAGGAUGUGGAACUGUUUCAUGCUAUAAGCAAUGAAAGGUUUGAUUCUUUUGCUUAAAAGGAGCGGUCAUACAUUCCAAGUCACUGCUUAUUAUUUUAUUCUUGUUUAAUUCUCCAAGCUGUUGGAAUGUCAGUGUUUCUAUGCUAGUGAUAAUAAUCUGUGUUUAUUCACCACACUAUGCGCUUCUCUCCCCCCUGCUUUACUUUCAGUCACGCAACUGUUUUUGAGAUUGAAGGGUCACCAUGCCAAUGACAUUUCCCCUGCCAAUAUACAUAUGAUAAAAUGGGUCUUGCGAAAAGGCCCCAAGAUGGCAGGCUAACCAAACACACUGCAAAACAUUCAGUUUCUUGGACUUUUCAGGGAAAGGUAAAUAUGAGUUUUAUCACACAGGGGUGGGGUACUGGUGGCUUUUCACAAUAUUGCAUUGUCAGGUGACUACUGGGAGGGGGAGAAUUGUCCACUGGUAAUUUUCCCUCAGAAAUGGUUUCUAUCAGAACGCACAGUGAAAUGGGGAGAGACUUUAUAAACUGAGUUCCACAAACCCAGACAGAUGUGUUUCCUCAAACUCAAGGUCUGAAUGAGCUAAAGGAUCAUUUCUGGGGAAUUAUGUGAUGUAUUCCUUCCAACAUAGUUAAGCAGAUCUGUGGUCAGAGACUCCGUAUGCCUUCUGGCAACAUGGAUUUAAGAGCUGGUUGCCCCAUCUUUUCUGUAGACUGAAUGAUUUAUUUGUUUUUAUAAUGGAAAAGUAUAAUAUAAAAAUCUCUUAAUAAAAAUAAAACAUAUUUUACACUUUAA